AUGAAGGAGGACGGACAUGUCGCACCAGCGGUUCUUAUAACCGAAAUCCGAUAUGCCAUUUCGUCGGUGAAGAAUCGAACAGCACCAGGUCUGGAGAGUAUCGACAAAGUAUCAUCGUUUUACAACGAUGUUAAACGAAGUGUUAGGCAACGCGACACCAUCUCACCAAAAUUAUUUGCUGCCACCCUCGAUAACGUCAUACCAGCGCUGGAAUGGGACAACAUGAGAGUGGAAAUCGAUGCUCGCCAAUUACAACAUCUUGGCUGUGCUGAUGACGUCGUUUUUAUAACAACAAGCAUUAACCAAACAGAACGAAUGCUUGUCGACUUUGACAAAGCCUUUGGAAAAACUUGUCUUCAACGGUGUUCAUGA